AUGCCGCCACCAAAGCGCAAGGUUCUCGCUACGAUAGACAGCACCAUCACGCCGCCUGACGAGCUCCCUCCCAAUCACUUCAUCGCGCGCAUCACCAAGGCCGAGGGAAAGAAUCUCUACUCUGCAGAGCUUCCAGAUGGGAAGCCUGUUCUCGCGGAGCUCGAGCCCAAGUUCCGGUCAACGGUAUGGAUAAAGCGGGGUAGCUACGUAGUGGUGGACACAUCUGCGCUGGCGGAUAGGGAUAAUAAGCUGGAUGGGGAGAUUGUCAAUAUAGUCAGAGACGAGAAGGCGUGGAGGAAGAUGAGCUACUGGCCCAAGGAAUUCGCCAAGAAAUCCACUUACGUCGAGGACAGCGACGAGGAAGAAUCUACCGUUGGCAAGAUGCCGCCUACAGACUCGGAUGAGGAGUGA